UUCCACUCCAGCAUUGAUAGUCACCUUCCAAAGCCGGAACGCUGGCGGCGGCCAUGGCGGCGAGUGAGUGGACGCCGGGCCUCAUCAUGGUGGCCGUCGACGUGGUUUUCGCCGUCAUGAACACUCUGAUCAAGGAAGCCACUGAGCGCGGCCUCGACCGCGCCGUACUCAUCACCCUCCGCCAACUCGUCGCCGCCCUCUUCAUGGCCCCCGUCGCCUUCUUCCACGACAGGAAGACGAGGCCGAAGCUGACCUUGGAGAUCUGUGUUUACCUCUUCUUCAGCGCAUUGCUCGGGGCGUCGUUGACGCAGUACCUGUUCUACUUGGGAAUGGAGUACACUUCUGCUGCGUUCGCCUGCGCUUUCCUCAACCUCGCUCCCGCCUUCACCUUCCUCAUCUCGCUGCCGCUAAGAUUAGAAUCCCUCGACUGGAAGACCAAACCAGGGCUGGCCAAGGCCCUGGGCGUUUUCCUCUGCUUCCUCGGCGUCACCGUGCUCACCUUUUACCAGGGGCCUGCGCUGCAACUCAGUCAUGCAUUUCGUCGAACACCCAGAGGGAGACCCGAAAGGGAGAGCUACUCGCCGUCAGGGAAAUGGCUGAGGGGAUCGGCGGCGCUGCUCGGCGGCAGCUUCUGCUGGUCGUCGUGGUUCCCGCUGCAGGCCAAAGUGGGGAAGAAGUACCCGGCGAUCUACACCUCCACCGCAGUCAUAUUCUUCCUCGGGUUUCUUCAGGCGGCGGCCGUGAGCUUGGUCACCAGCAGAGGGAGGAUCUCCGCGUGGCUUCUCGAGGAUAAGUUGGAGAUCGGCACCGUCUUCUUCGCUGGUGCUUUGGGCUCUGGUGUCGGCUUCUUGGCCAUGUCAUGGUGCGUGGAACAAAGGGGCCCAGUCUUCACUGCAGCAUUCACUCCCCUCGUGCAAAUUAUUGUUGCAGCCAUUCAAUUCCUCUUCCUCCACCAACAAAUCUUCCUCGGCAGUGUGUUGGGCUCAAUUUUGGUUAUUCUUGGGCUCUAUUCUCUCUUGUGGGCCAAGCGCAAUGAGGCCCAUUUACUUCAACCAAAGCCCCAACGACCCAUCGAAGCCCAUGAACAGAGCCAACAAGCACAACCACAAGUCUAAUUCAUGAAGCGAUUAUUUGGAAUUCAUGAGGUUGAUUAUAACUUUUCUAUGAUUAAUUUAGAACCAUUAUUUUAAAAUAAAACACAUA